GGAAGAGUCGAUGAAACUUCUUUUGCCGGCGGGGCACGUGUCUUUGCGAGCGCUCCGGAGAAGGCGCCGGGACCCGGGCCUGACCUUUUCCCUUCUCGGAGGGAUUGAAGAAGCCGGGCUGUCAUGGAGCCCGUUUGUUUCCCUCCCUCUCAUCCUUUCAACGAGUGCGUGAUGGCCUCGGAUCUGUACAAACCUCCGGUUCCCGCGAUCCAGACGCCUCAAUCCACCCGUAGGGAGCCAUCUCGACCGGCCGAACCCAGUCGAGUUAUUCGCGACCCAGUCACGGGCAGAUCCUACAGCAAAGGCCGUCUGCUCGGCAAGGGGGGAUUUGCAAGAUGCUAUGAAGCAACUGACCUCUCAAGCAACACAACAUAUGCAGUGAAAGUUAUCCCUCACAGCAGAGUGGCUAAACCACACCAACGUGAGAAGAUCAUCAAUGAAAUUGAACUACACCGAGAUUUGCAUCACAAACAUAUCGUGAAGUUUUCACAUCAUUUUGAAGAUGCAGACAACAUUUAUAUUUUCCUUGAGCAUUGUAGUAGGAAAUCUUUGGCACAUAUCUGGAAGUCCCGCCAUACCCUCCUGGAGUCAGAGGUUCGGUAUUACCUCAAACAAAUAAUCUCGGCUUUGAAGUACCUCCACCUUAAGGGCAUUUUACACAGAGACCUCAAAUUGGGUAACUUUUUUAUCAAUGAUAAUAUGGAACUGAAAGUUGGUGACUUUGGUCUGGCCGCUCGCCAGGAGCCUGCAGAUCAGAGAAAAAAGACUAUCUGUGGUACUCCAAAUUACCUUGCUCCAGAAGUACUAUUGCGACAAGGACAUGGGCCAGAAUCAGAUGUAUGGUCUUUGGGUUGUGUCAUGUACACUUUACUAUGUGGAUACCCACCUUUUGAGACUUCAGAUCUCAAGGAGACCUAUCGUUGCAUCAAAUAUGUUGUAUAUACGCUUCCUCCGUUCCUUUCUGCAUCAGCCAAAAACCUCCUCACUGGCAUCUUGAAACGCAAUCCAGAAGAACGCUUCACAUUGGAAGAAAUCUUGGACCAUGAGUUUUUCACGAAGGCAUACACACCAGAUAAGCUCCCAUCUAGCAGCUGCAUGAUGGCGCCUGAACUGAGCCCUCCCAACCCUGCUAAGAGCCUAUUGGUAAAGGUCACAAAGACACUCUUUAGAAAAAGAAAGUCCAAAGUUAAGAAGGCUGCUUCUGAAGAGAAAGAUGACAUCUCUAAGCUGGUAUCGGGCCUUGUAAAGACUUCUAUCUGUAGGCAAAUAAGUCACAAAACUGUGGAUGGAAAUGAAGUCACUCCUCUGAAUGGUCAGAGUCCUCGCUGUAGCCCUGCAGAGACUGUAGCUGAAGAGAGUUCACAGAAGUCCAUCUCCAGAUCCAUUCGUGGGACAACAGCUAGUAGCUGUGAAGUAUUUGAAGACUGUGUCACAGCAUCAGCUCUUUUUGAAUCUGCUGUUGGGCUCCUGAGGAACUGCCUUUCUAUUAUGCCGUCAGCUGAGACGAACCCUGCUUCCCUGGCUUGCCAUGAACAUUUUGUUUGGGUGAGCAAGUGGGUUGAUUAUUCGAACAAGUACGGAUUUGGUUACCAGCUCUCCAACCACAGCAUUGGUGUCCUCUUCAAUGAUGGAACUCACAUGUCCCUCUCGGCUGACUGGAAGAAAGUGCAUUACAACCUGACAAAUAGCAAACGUUUCUCCUUCCUGACUUCAGCAAUUCCUGAACAGCUACAGGAACAGAUGGGGAUUCUGCAAUACUUUGCUUCAUACAUGGAGGAGCAUCUCAUGAAGGGUGGAGAUUUGCCCAGCGUAGAAGAGGCUGGACAGCUGCCUCUGCUGCUCCUACAGUGGGUGAAGACUAAUCAGGCUUUACUGAUGCUCUUCAGCAAUGGAACUUUACAGGUGAACUUUUACAACGAUCAUACCAAGGUAAUCUUCAGCAAACCUGACCACUCCUGCCUCCUUACCUAUAUAAACUCCGAUAGAAAUUCCUAUACUUACAAGCUGAGCAGCAUUGCAGAACUGGGUUGUUCACCAGAACUUCAAUAUCGGCUCAAGUAUAUACUCAAACUACUGCUACAGCGAGCAGAUGCUUAAGACUGCAAGUGGAGUCAUCUCACCGGAACACCCCAUUACUCCAAGGAUGGAUAUGUUAAUAGCAUAAAAGAUGGCAACUCUAGACAUCCACAGUGAAAGCAUUCCGAUGUCUAAUUUUCUAGAAAGGAAAACUUCAGAUCUGCACAUGUGUAGUUCUGAAUCAUUCCUCAGGAUUCAUCCACUUCUAGAUCCCCUGCAUCAUUGUAUUUCUUGUUUUUUUU